AUCACUGCCAAAAGAAUCUUCCAGCCCUGACCUGGCUUGCCACAGAGUCAUUCCAUCAGGGAUUCAACGGGCACUUUGUUUGCUUAUGAUUGUGUUACCUUCAGUUGGUCCUUCUGGGAUUAGGAUGACAAUUUUUACAAGAUUUUAAAGCAAGAUUAUCAAGUCUGUCUACUCCAAGUCUUUCAUUAAGUGAUUAUUAAGACCUGGCAAUAGCCUCCUGUUUUAUAUAGGCUCUGGAGAUAAUCAUCUUUGUCAAGAGAAGUUGGCCAAAACCACUGGAAAUUGGAAUCCAUGAUGCGGUGGCUGUAUUGGCAUGUGCCUGCAAAGUUGAGCCUGGGAAUUCUGUGUCUCUUUCUGGUUUGGAACAUAGCUUCAUGCAUAAGAAGAGAAAACUUCAUGCAUAAGAGAGAGAAGCAAGCAGCAGUACUGGCUACUGCAGAGUUGCCUGCAAAGUCCGUGGAUCUGGCUGCUGUUAAUCUGACUGAGCUGGUGAAUGGGAUGCUGAGCACGACACUCAGAGGUACCAAAAAGCUCUUCUCUUUGCUGAGUGUCACAUCCCACAGCUCAUUUGCCUUCCACAAAGUGUCAGUCACCAUUUAUAACAUUUCUAGCUUGAAAAAUGUUGACCCUGGCAAGUUCCCUAUGCAUUACUGCUACUGUUUAAACAACGUGACAAAUGACUUAACAGAUUUCACUGCUUUACUUGUUGAUAUUAUUGGAAACUCAACCAGUUAUCUCACAGAAAUUUUCAAAUCUACUUCUAUUCUCUCAGUGCGUCAGAGCAAUGAUUCAGACUGUAUCUACAUCUGUGUGAUGACAGGUCAAACAGGGAGAAAUCUGUCUGACUUUUGGGAAAUACUAGAGAAAUCUCCUGUUAUUAAUUACACAUUUUCCAGUAACACAUCUUCUGACCUGGAUCUAGAUUCUGUUUUUUCAAGUUUCAUGAAAUCACAGGAAGACUCAAACAAAACUGUGGAACCAUCAGCGGAACAUCCACGGACAUUUAAAAGUACCAGCACUCCUCUUGCCCUGAAAGGAGAGGACAGUCCCAACACGAGGCCCCCACCACGGACAAAGAUGAUUAGUAUAGAGGCAUUGGGGUUUCCAUCACUGCAUGUAGACACUUCAAGACCACAAGGCACAGCUGGAGUCCCUCCUUCUGAGGGGACCUUAGUUACAUCACCAGCCUUGCAGCCCAGCCCUGCUGAUGUGAACAUGCUUUGGGUGCAGACUGUGCCUCCUCAAGACGCCAACAGUCAGAUACAAACAGAGCAAGAUUUGCCUUCUUCAGUUCUGUCUACUCCACCCUACCGACCUGGCCUGAUACUGAAACUUCAUUCGGCUGCUCGGUGCCCACAGGCAAUCCUCAAAGACCCAUACGUGACCUCACCCCCUGUUACCAUCACGCUGCAGAAGAUCAAUCCCUGUUUGAUGGAGCUCUGCAGGUUUUUUCAGUUGUGCCUCUGCGUUGGCCAAAGAAGACAUUCCAUAAAGGAUGCCAUGAGGUACUGUGUUGAAUACUAUUCCUGGUUUUUGAAAAAUGCGAGUUAUGUCUGUGAAAGAGUCAAAAGAGUUGCUUACUCCCACAGUAAGUAUAACAUAAAGUCUGAAACACCCACAGAGUAUUUGAUUGCUCUUCAAAGUGUUAUCUGA